UAAAUUUUAGUUUGUGUUUUACGGCGAAAAAUAAUGUACAGUUGAAUUUUGCUCUUCUACUGUUAUAUAUAUUCUUGUUGUGUAAUUUUUUUUGUUCCUAUAAUGAAAGUAUUUCCUUAGGACUUUAGAUACAUAUAUUAUGGCUCUUCUUAAACUAUGCAAUAUAUGCCUUAUAGUAGUUCUUUUUCUUAUUGGAACUGUAGCAAGUAAUCGAGUUCUCGAACUAAGCGAUAGAUUUUUGGAUGUUCGUGGUAAUGGUGUAUGGCUUAUUAUGUUUUAUGCACCUUGGUGUGGACAUUGUAAAAAUUUAGAACCAAUAUGGAAUCAAGUUGCUCAGUCAUUAGUUGAUACAGAAAUACGAGUAGGAAGAAUUGAUUGCACUAGAUUUUCAAGUGUUGCAUCAGAGUAUUCUGUUUCUGGUUUUCCUACUAUCCUAUUUGUGAAAGGUCACAAGUCCGUAGAAUAUCGAGGAGACAGGGAUCGAUAUGAAAUUGUAGAGUUUGCUAGAAGAAUGGAUGGGCCACCUGUUAGGUAUUUUGGAAAUUGUGGCCAGUUUAAAGAAGUAAUAGAAAAUAAAAAAGUAUUCUUUGUUUACCUUGAUGAUUCAAGACUCCAAGAGACACAUUUAAGGGAUAAUUAUACAAGAGCAGCUGAAGAAUUUCUAGCAGUGAUGAAUUUUUAUUCAACAUCAAUAGAAUGCAUGGCAGAUCGUUUAAGGAGUGCUAAUGCAAUGACAAAUAAAAAGUCUGUUUUUGUUUGUAAGGAUGGCUCCUGUUUCCGAUAUGAUGAGGACUUGAUUGAUUCACAUAAUAUUUCCUUGCGGGAUUGGGUAAACAAAGAAAGAUUUCCAGCUUUCAUGAAAAUUUCAACUGGAAACUUUCAUCAACUGUUAAAGACUGGAAAAUGCGUUGUUAUGGCAGUUUUAGAAGAAAAUCAAAUUGGUGGAUUAACUCUCAAAAUGUUUGAGUUUCGAGAUGUGGUGGAAGCUAUUGCAGUAAACAACAAAGAUCUUUACCAUGAUGAUUUCCUGUUCGGUUGGCUAGGACAUCCAGAGAUUGCUAAUAGCAUUGCUAUGGAAACUUUGCCAAUACCAAGUUUAAUUGUGCUGAAUACUUCUUCAUAUCAGUUUUAUUUGCCAAAAUUAGAAGAAGGUGAAAAAGUACCUUCACCACAAAGCAUUUUAGAGCUUCUAGAUCAAGUGAAAAACCACACAGCAAAGGCAUUGGGAGGUGAAUCAUUUCGCUAUCGACUUAUUAGAGCAUACUUUGGAGCCAAAACAGCAUUAUUUGGAAUGUGGAAAGGAAAUCCAGUUUUGACAACAGUUCUUCUUGGAUUGCCAUUCGGACUCUUCAGUAUAAUUUGCUACACAAGUUGUUGUACAGACAUUUUGGCAGCCAACGAAGAAGAUGAAGAAGCAGAACUGGCUGAGGCGGCGGCAAGACAUCAGAAAAGAGAAUAAGAAAUCUCCAUCUGUGAUACCAAGUUUUUAUUUUUGUUGCAUGUUUUUUCUGUUAUAAAAUAUUUAUUUUUUAUGUAUAAAUGUAUUAUAGUACAAGUAUUCUUUUUGUUCAAUACACAUUCUUGCAGGUCUGGGGAGUCAUCUUGUGUACUGGUAAAAAAGUAUAAAUAUUUGCAUGUCAAUUUUUUUAGAUUAUGUAUUGUAGGUUAAGCAAUUGUAUUUUAUACAUUACUCAUGACUUUGUAAAACUUUUUCAUAACUAGAAAUAUGAAUAAAAUUACAUUUUGUUAAAA